AAAGCUUUGCUUCACAUUAGAUCUUUACUAAAGAUUCUCUUCCAGCUAGACGCUCUAUGGUCUAAGCUCUCGAAAUUCCCAACCUCCGAGUCCCGACCUCAUUCCUCAAGAUGCAGCUAACAAUAUUCACCCUCUCUGUCAUCCUCGGCAUUGCCACGGCAAUGCCAGGCCAGAACUACUACAGCACCUCUGAUACCCAUACUAUCACAAAUCCGGUGCCAUCCUACGUGACCGAGACCUUCAGUUGGCACCCAGUACCAACUUCCUCCUCAUGGUAUCCUCCCGGUCACGGCGAUUGCGGGGAUAAGUGUGGCGGAGUAUGCGGCGAUCAUAUCGUGCAGUACCCAGAGGAAGAAUGCGACCUUGGACCCGAACUCAACGGCAAACCCGGCUCUGGCUGUGAUGCACACUGUCAUAAGUGUGGCUAUUGCGGGGAUUAUAUAACCGAGACCCAGCUUGGUGAGACGUGUGAUCUUGGGCCUCUACUCAACGGCAAACCGGGCUCCGGUUGCUCUGCUGAUUGCAAGUGCUUACCGGUUUGUGGAAAUGGGAAGGUUGAAAAGGGUGAAGAGUGCGAUGCUGGUCCGUUGAAUGGUGUUUAUGGCAGCGGGUGCUCCAAGGACUGCCAGCUUUGUGGAUAUUGUGGUGAUGGGAAGAUUGACGAUGAAGCGGGAGAGCAAUGCGACAAUGGGUAUUUGUUGAAUGGGACGCCUGGCAACCCUUGUUCAGCAAACUGCACCCUGAAUACCUGCGAGUAUAAAUGUGGAAAUGGUAUCGUUGAGCCUGGAGAGCAAUGUGAUGACGGCCCAAAUAAUGGCAAAAAGGGAGACAAAUGCUCAAGCAAAUGCGAGUGGGUUGAUUGUUCUUGUGGAAAUGGGAUUACGGAGUGGCCCGAGCUAUGUGAUGACGGUGACCUUAACGGUUCAAAUUCUUCCUAUUGCACUAUCGACUGCAAAUGGAAGGAAGAUUGUGGAAAUCCCCACCCUCCUACCUGCGGGGAUGGCAUAGUUCAAUGGCCAGAGACAUGCGAUAUGGGUUGGAGAAAUGGCCAGCCUGGCUCAAACUGCUCAACAGACUGCCAACCUUGCGACUCUUCCCCUCCUAAAUGUGGAGAUGGCCACAAAGAUCCAGGAGAAGAAUGCGAUGAUGGCUCCCUUAACGGAACUCCCAGCUCCGACUGCGACGCGACCUGCCAUUCCAAAUGCUCUUCCACCUGUCCACAGACCUGUAAUCCGAACCCAUUCUUUAACAAAUGCACGAUAAGCACCUGUUGCAUCAAUACACCUAGUCAAAACGAUUUCUGCGCUUGUAGACCAGGGUAUAGAGCGAGUGGGUUAAAGCCGGAUGAUCCAAAGCAGUUCAGACUUGCGUUCGCUGGGCAGGAGCACAGAGUGUUCGUUGAGCCAGGUGUGGAGUGUGAUCAGCCUUGCGAUCCGGGCGCGAGCUGCGGUGAGGUUCCUGUGCGGGGAGAUUGUUAAGCACAGAGAUGUGAUGAAGAACAAGAGAGUCUGAGGUUAGUGGAGACGAGGUGAGAGUUUAGGGGCCGGCUGAAUCUUUUCCUUUUGUCUGGGUUUCAUUUUAGGUUUUGAGAAGCGCAUCGGUCCUGGGGCUGAGUUGGGGAAAGGUGCAUGGUCAGUCUUUCUU